AUGGCUGCGGGAUGGGGCGGAGGAUGGAGUUAUUCUCCUGGCUGGGGCUCGCGAUGGGACCAGGGCUCUUGGUGGCAAGGUUCCUGGGGUCAGGAGGAGAAAGUUCCCUGGGACAGAUCUGAAGUGGCCAAAGAGGAAUCCAGCAAUGAGGCAGAAGACAGGUCAAAGGAGACCGACACUGGCUACACUGGCUGGGGUGGAUGGAGCUCCAGCAGUUGGUAUGCAAGGCCAACAUGGUCCAGCUGGUCGUGGUCGUAUCCUAGCUAUGGCUAUUCAGGCUACUCCGGCUAUUCCAACUACGGCUAUUCUUGGGCAAGGCCUGAUUGGGAUUUGGAGACGAAGCAGGACGACAGCCAGAGCCGUCAGGAGAGAUGGAGCCAAGCAUGGAGCCAAGCUCUUGCAAAAGAUCGACAGGAGGCACAGAAAGAAAUUCCAGAAACUCCUGCAGACUGGUGGAGAAGUGAAAGGCCUGAAAGGGAAGAGCCAAAGGUCGAAAACCUGGUCCCAGAAUCGAAACAGGAUGUGGAAGGCCCGGAGCUAAAGUGGGUGCCACCCACGGCUCGAGUCGGCAGUCAAGAAACAAGUUCUGCCACCACGCAGGAAACACAGCAGGGAUCCAAAGCAGCCGAGCCGCCGAGUGAAGCCACCCACGCACACGAAGAUUCGAACAGUAAGGAUAGUAAGGACAGCGGGCGACCCGCCCACGAAAACGAAGAGUGGUAUCAGCGGUGGCUGCUCCGACAAAAGGAAAGAGAGCAAAGCAGCCCGCCGCCGGCAUCAUCGAAGACGGAGAGCUUCGUCACUAAAGCAAAGAAAGUUGAAGUGGAUGAGGUUCAGGUGCCUGAAGCGGUUGCGGAUCCCGAGACCCAGCCCCUCGACCAGGAGAUGUCCAUUCACAGUAUGCCCAGUAUGCCGGAGCCGGAAGGGGCACCAGUGCGACAUCCGCAUGAAAAUGAAGAGUGGUAUCAAAAGUGGCUACGGCGUCAAAAGAAUCAGCCGACCCAUGUAAUUGACAUUGGUGCUCCUCAGCCUCAAGCUUCGACACAAGAAGUGGCAGCGAGCAGCUCUGGUGAAAUGCAGGCUUCCACCUCAAGCAGCGCAGAGGAGAAGCGGCUGUGUCCCGAUGAUGGCAAGAUGUACACCUUUGAUGAGUUGAAGAAGGCAUACUCCAGUGAGUACUCUGCCGACGACUUGCAAGCAUAUUGGCGAGAUGCCAUGGCGCCUCCGGGAACUGAGAAACCUCCCGAGUCGAAGAAAGACGAUUACAAGCAAGAGGAGUGGUACCAGAAAUGGCUGCGCAGGCAGCAGAACAAGAACCGACAGAUCAUCGAAAUUGGUUAG